AUGAGUGAAGGGACAGUGCCAUGGCUCGCCAAGCCAGCUCACCUCCCACUCCCAGCUCAAGCUCCAAGAUGCAGAACAAGUGAGGUGCUGCUCCUUCUUCAGAACCGCGAUGGAGAAGCACAUCAACAAGUGCACCCCAACAUCCCCAGCCCCCCAGAGAGAUCCACAGAGCCCAUGGACACCAAAGGUUCCUAUCAGCCCUGCAGUAAAGGAACCUUGACAGUCGUUGAAG